GCCUUUGGUGCCAGAUACAUAGUAGGCUUGCUGGAAAUCUGUGGAGGGUCAGGUGCAAGGGAAAGGCCAAUGGCUCAUGCAGGUUUGGGACUGACAGGUUGGCUUGGAGGAAAGGAACUCUAGCCUCUGUCACAGGAAGUGGUGCUCUUCUAGGCCUGCCACCGUCGCUUCCUGCAGCCACACUUAAGGCCACCCAGCUGGCUGUGUGAGGGCCCUUUCCUCUUUCAGUGUAAAGAAAAAAAGAAAAGGACAUUUUCGAUAGAAAAGUCCCUCCUGCUCCCUGGGAAUCCCCGGUGGCCGGAUGGAGUUCGGGAUAUCCCAGAGGAAAUCAGAGUCCAGGGCCCACCCCCCUCACCCCUAGCUCUAUGCAACAAGGCUCUCUCGCUACACAGCUGGCCUAUCGGGCUACAGAGAACAUCUUGUCUGGGGUCCCUGUUCCCUAGUGGGCCUGAGAAGCCUCUGUCACUUCUGUAAUGGCCAGCAGUCCUGGAAGCACCUGUUUGGAGUCCAGGCCACGCCCCCUGCAAGAUUCAAAGAAAGCAGGGAGGAAAGGCAUCUUCAGGUCCCUGUGCCUAGACAUCCAGUUCUGUCUGCCUGGCCAUGGCUCUGUGUCUGAAGCAGGUGUUUGCUAAGGAUAAGACUUUCCGGCCCCGGAAGCGCUUCGAGCCUGGCACACAGCGCUUUGAGCUGUACAAGAAGGCACAAGCCUCACUCAAGUCCGGCCUGGACCUUCGGAGUGUGGUGAGGCUGCCACCUGGCGAGAGCAUCGACGACUGGAUCGCUGUGCACGUGGUGGACUUCUUCAACCGUAUCAACCUCAUCUACGGCACCAUGGCCGAGCACUGCAGUGAGAGCAGCUGCCCAGUCAUGGCUGGUGGGCCCCGCUAUGAGUACCGCUGGCAGGAUGAGCGCCAGUACCGAAGGCCUGCCAAGCUCUCAGCACCCCGCUAUAUGGCAUUGCUCAUGGACUGGAUUGAGGGUCUCAUCAACGAUGAGGAUGUCUUUCCUACACGUGUUGGAGUUCCCUUCCCCAAGAACUUCCAGCAGGUCUGUACCAAGAUCCUGACUCGCCUCUUCCGAGUCUUUGUCCAUGUCUACAUCCACCACUUUGACAGCAUCCUCAGCAUGGGGGCGGAGGCCCACGUCAACACCUGCUACAAGCACUUUUACUACUUCAUCCAGGAGUUCAGCCUGGUGGACCAGAGGGAACUAGAGCCACUGAGGGAGAUGACAGAACGUAUCUGUCACUGAGUCCACAUCCGGAUGUGGUUGCCUAUCAGAUGGACCAUCUGAACACAGUGUAGCUGGGAGAGGGGACCCUUGGGAGCCUGUUGGUAGAGCAAUCUGAAGGCCUGUAGGACACCUCUAUAUACCCAACACCUCUGGACUUCUCAGAGGUCUGUCUCUGUGUCCCCGAAUACAUGGAGAAGGGAAGGCUUCAAGUGAGCAGCAGAAGGAAAGGAGGAGAUUAGCUUCUCACAUUAAGUCCAGAAUAGGGUACACUACCAGGAUUCUGCUCUGACACUUCACCCUUUCACCCAACCAUCAUGGUUCCCAAAUCCAUUUGGGGAACAUGGAGUGGCUGAAGUGAGGGCAAGAAAAUUAUAAGAGAGUGAGUGCCUGUAUCUGAGCAAGCAGGUGUGUGUGUGUGUGUGUGUGUGUGUGUGUGUGUGUGUGUG